AUGGACGGUCUAAAACGCGCAAGGAUAAAACGUGGCGCUCAACGUGCACAAGCAACUAAAAUUUGGAACGAAGCUGAACUACUCAUAAACGGUGAAACGAACGAAGUUAAUAUUGAGAAACUACGGGUCAUUCUGGCAACGUACGACGCGAAAAUCGAAUUACUUCGAAAGUUGGAUGAAACUGUAUCAGAUCUAAUCGAAGACGAAAAGGGCUUAGAGACGGAGAUCGUUGAAGCCGACGACUAUUUAACGGAACUAACUAAAAAGAGGUACACCAUAGAAUUCUUUAUCAAUCAAAGUACAAUCCAUAGUAAUUCGUUAGCUAGCCCUAUGGCUACCACAACACCACAAAACGGACACGUUUUUCCUACUCAAAGUACGCCGCCACAAUCGCACAAUACAAAUAGUCAUAGAUUACCAAAGUUAGCACUGCCAGUAUUUAGCGGCAACAUGUUAAAAUGGCAAACCUUUUGGGACUCUUAUAAGGUCGCUAUACAUGAAAACUCCAGCCUAUUAAGCGACAUACAAAAAAUUACAUAUCUCAAAGCUCAAGUGUCAGGUGAAGCCGCGCAAUCAAUCGAAGGUUUACCGCUUACAGAGUCAAACUACGCGCAAUGUAUUGCAAUUUUGGAACAGAGAUUUGGUCAACCCCUCAAGAUAACUAACGCACACAUGCAAGCCUUGUUAGAUCUACCAUGCCCUUCAAAUUCAGUGUCUACCUUGCGCCAAUUUUACGAUAGCAUGGAAAAUCAUAUUCGAGGUCUCGAGGCGUUUAGGAAAGAAACAAGACACCUACGGUGACCUUUUAAUCCCCAUUGUUUUGGGUAAACUUCCCACUACAAUCAAGCACAACUUAAUUCGAGAGAACGGUUCAACUAAAUGGUCAGUAGAACAAUUACGCAAAUCAAUUUUGAAAGAAAUUCAAAUACUAGAAGCUGGGGGAAAAAACAGACUCUUUCAGUCAAAUUAGUCAAUUAGGCAAACCUGUCAACACUACUGACAAACGCAUCCGGAAAGUUUGGAAACCAUGCCAACGUAAAAGAAUUUUACGCACCCAAAAAUCGCCCUACAAACAAGAGUUUAUGCAUUUUCUGUUCGGGCCAUCAUCGCCCUAACGAGUGUACUGUAGUAAAGGAUCCCACAGCCCGUAAGAAUAUUGUUUUCCAAGCGAAGUUAUGUUUUAGCUGUUUGAACAAUCACCGCGUAUCUGAUUGUAACUCGAGAAAUCGCUGUCGAGGGUGUCACAAGAAACACCACACGAGUCUUUGUAAUGAAACGAACAAAGAUGCAACAAAAAAUACCAGGAAAAAUCAUCCGCCGAAUAACGACGCACCGAAUGUUACGACGCAAGUUCAAAACGCGAAAACCAAUCCACCCGUCGACAAAACCCCAGACCGUGUCCACACGUCUCUGUCAGUCAACGACUACUAUGGGAGACAAACACUCCUCAAAACUGCCAUUAAUACGAUAGCAAUACAGAACAAAAUAGCGACAGCACACAUUCUCUUUGAUGAAGGUGCUCAACGUUCCUUUAUCACUCAAAGUUUAGCUGACGAACUCGAACUUACGCCUAAAGGAAGUGAAACCUUAAAUCUAUCAGUCUUUGGCUGGUCUUCGACUUCUAUCAAACAAGUAGACAUGGCUACGAUUAAUCUCAACACCGAAGAUGGCGAAAAAAUUCCUUUACAGGUAUUGAUAAUUCCCACAAUCGCAGUUCCGCAGAAAAGUUUCCCCACCGCCGAAAUUCGAAACCUCCCACCCCUCAACGGCUUGAAACUUGCACACCCUAUGACGACUGAUGAUCAUUUCCACAUAUCCCUCUUGAUUGGCGCGGACCACUACUGGGACGUUGUCGAAGACGAAAUCGUUAGGGGACCGGGCCCCACUGCAGCGAAACUAAAAUCGGUUACUUGCUUUCUGGACCAACAACUGGGCCAGCUGUUGCGACAACAUCACUCAAUGCAACCAUCUUGAAAGUCAUUGUUUCAAAGGAACACGAAAGUAAAGCUUUAGAACGAUUUUGGAAUCUAGAAUCUAUUGGGAUUCUUCCAGACGAAAUAACAACCCACGAAGACAAGUUUGUUAAGGAAUAUCAGGAUUCUUCAAUACGACUCGUGAAUGGCCGAUACUGUGCAAAGUUACCAUGGAAACCUAACCAUGACCCCCUUCCCACCAACGAAGCAGUAGCGCGAGGAAGAACCCGUUCCACUGUAAGGAGAUUAGCCAAAGACCCCAAGACAUUGCAAACCUACAGUGAACUUAUUAACGAACAGUUAAAACGAGGUUUUAUUGAAAGAGUUACAAAUCCAGAAACAUCAAAUGGUUAUUGCCACUACAUCCCACAUCACGCUGUAUUAAAAGAUUCCCCUACGACACCUAUUCGUAUUGUGUACGACUGCAGUUGCAGCCCAAAUGCCGACCAAGCAAGCCUGAACUCAUGCCUUUCCACUGGCCCUGACAUCCUUAAUGAUAUGACCGCCAUACUCGUCCGUUUUCGAUGCUAUCGGUAUGCUUUAACCGCAGACAUAGAAAAGGCCUUCCUGAACAUCUCUCUAAAUGAAGGAGAUAGAGAUGCAACAAGAUUUUUUUGGCUAUCCGACCCAACCAACCCCGAAAGCAGCUUUGACGUAUAUCGGUUCAAAUCUAUCUUGUUUGGUGCAUCGUGUUCCCCGUUUAUCUUGAAUGCAACGAUCAAGAAGCACCUUGACAGCUACAACGAUCCAAUCGCACAACGAAUAAAAGCCGACAUCUACGUCGACAACUUGGCUUCUGGCACAGAUAACGAAGACGAAGCCGCGAUCUACUUCAAACACACCAGAUCCGUAAUGUCUUCUGCCAACUUCAAUUUACGUGAAUGGAACUCGAACAGUUCAAAGAUUUGUGCACUCGCCAAUGAAGAAUAUGCUCAAGACGACAACACCGAAGCAAAACUGCUUGGUCUUCGCUGGAACAGUAAAGUCGAUACGCUGAAGCUUCAAGAAAAAUGUCCAGUUACUGAUCCCAAUGAAAAUGUGGUGUCCAUAACUAAGCGAGAUGUUUUACGAGCGUCUUCUAAGAUAUAUGAUCCCCUCGGUCUCAUCACUCCUAUCACUAUUCGUGCCAAGAUCUUCCUUCAAGAGCUCUGGGAACUGAAAUACGCUUGGGAUGAACCGCUACCAAAACCACUGAUUGAAAAAUGGGUCAAACUUUCCAGCGACCUAGAAGCUGCAACUCAGACCGAAGUUCAACGCAGAUACUUUCCGCUGUUAUCUUCAUGGCCAUCAAACGUGGUACUUCACAUCUUUGUCGAUGCAAGCACCAAAGCUUAUGGGACAGUCGCUUAUGUCACUUCCAAUUCACAUACCUCCAUGGUUAUGUCAAAGUCUCGUGUAGCUCCACUGAAAAAACUGACCCUUCCGCAGCUUGAAUUGAUGGCAGCUGUUACUGGUGCAAGACUUGCUUCAUACUUGUCCAAUCAUCUGACGGUUACCAAAAUCGUGUUCUGGUCCGACAGUCAAAUCGUUAUCUACUGGCUUUCCUCCCAAAAAGAACUGAAGUGCUUUAUUCAGAACCGAGUUAGAGAAAUUCACCAAGCCACCAACAAUGCCACCUGGAACUACUGUCCAACUUCUGACAAUCCAGCAGAUCUCCUAACACGAGGAAUCUCGACAGACGACCUUUCCAAGUCUAAUUUGUGGACGCAUGGCCCACCUUGGCUAACCAACCACGACCACUGGCCAGAAUGGAAACCUACUACAACGUUCUUCUGCAGUUCUGCCUCGACGAAGAUCAAGAAACGAGCAAAGUCACUGCCGAAGUCACCGACACAUCUACAAACGCCAGCAUAACCCAGAUUAUUCCACCUACCAAAUCCAGUGACCUUCAACGACUACUGCGAACUACAGCAUGGGUACUUCGCUUCGUUAAUACCCUGCAAAAGGGCAACGUAUGUAAGGGAAAACCACUAAAGGUCCACGAAGUUGAAAACGCGAGAAAUGUUUGGAUACGGGAAAUCCAAAACGACGCCUACGGUAACGAACUUGCGAACAUACAAAAGCCGAAAACCUCUCGUCUACCCCUUGUACGUCAACUUCGCCUGUUUACUCUGGAAGACAACAUCAUUCGUUGUGGUGGCAGAAUUCACAAUGCACCAGUGGAACAUUCAGCAAAGUUUCCCAUACUCUUACCCCCAAACCACCAUUUCACCUUGCUGGUUGUCAACGACGCACACGAGAAACUACAACACGCUGGAUUAAACCAAACCCUGACACAAAUACGCCAGAAGUAUUGGAUUCCAACAGCUCGCCAGUACAUCAAGAAAAUACUUCGCAAAUGUGUAACGUGUCGAAAGGUCUUCGGAACACCAUACAAUGCCCCUGACCCACCUCCACUUCCAUUCUAUAGAAUGACUGACUCCCACCCAUUUACCGUCACCGGUGUAGACUUCACCGGGGCCAUCUACGUCAAAACGCCACGUGGACAAGAAAAGCUCUACAUCUGCUUGUUCACCUGUGCAAACACACGCGCAGUCCACCUCGAAGUAGUCACAAAUUUAACUGUUCCGACCUUCAUGUCUGCCUUUCGAAGAUUCGCAAGCCGCAAGUCCUUACCAAAAAUUAUGGUGUCAGACAAUGCAUCAACGUACCAAUCUGCCGCGGAAGAGUUGACCCUACUAUUCAAUUCAACAGAGUUGGAAACCAAUCUCAGUAAACGAGGAAUCCAGUGGAAAUUUAUCCCAAAACGAGCACCAUGGUACGGUGGUUUCUGGGAAAGAUUAAUUGGUCUGACAAAAAACUCCUUGAAAAAGGUUCUCGGAAAGGCGAAUGUCACUUUAGAAGAGCUCCAAACAAUUUCCUCCGAAACGGAAGCAAUCCUCAAUGACCGCCCGUUAACCCACGUACCAUCAGAACUAGACGACACAGAACCAUUAACACCAUCCCAUUUACUGUAUGGCCGGAGAAUUACCACCUUACCCCACCCCCUUUACGAAGACGACGAGUUUCGUGAUCUGUACAAAGAUCCUGUUGUACAAAGUUUAAUCAAGGGAAAAGACGGACUAGUACGGGCAGCAAAUAUCAAAACAAGAACAUACGAAAAGACCAGUAACUAAACUUUACCCACUCGAAGUUAAAUCCACAACAACAGAGAACCCAAAGAUCACCAUUGACGAAAACCUAGACGCAAAGAAUCCCUCAACAAAUCCUCACCCAGCUGACGUCAUAGAUCAAACGUCAAGCAGACCUGUUCGAGCAAAAGCAGGAUUGGCAAAGGAGAAAUUGAAACAGUGGACAUCCAUACUCUCGCGCCCCCCGGAGGAUGUCGAGAAUUGA